UGUAGAUAUAAUAGACACUCUGUAGCAUCCAGUUAGUUCAUGUCUAUCCUGGGGCUUUACUCCCUUCAUCAAUUCCCGAUGGAAUCGCUUCUUCAUCAUCUUCUUACACAGAAUAUAUGAGCUUUCGAAGGAGAAAGUGGAUUGAACAAAAGUUACUCAUGAGUCUGACUUUUCUCGAUUUCGCCACAUUCUCAGUUUGAUUAUGUUAUCAUCAUGAAGCAAAAUUUCUCGAACCUUUAACAUGACAGAAUUUAUUUCUCAGUGAAACAAAAAGUUCCAAGUUUUUUUUCCUCGAUUUUCGCAUUUGAAUAGUUAUUAUUAUUUUCCGAAUGUGAUCAAAGGAUAGAUUUUGUUGCUGUUUAUGUGGAUAUUUUUAUCGUUUGUGAUGAUAUUUUAUUAGAAAACGAAAAUGUCCAAUUUGUUGUUAACCAGUUCUCAAGAUGAUUCUAAUGAACUUUCUUCAAUGUCAAUGUUGUCUCGAAAUCGCCGGAAACAAGCUCAACCUCGACCAUUAAAGCAUGAUUUAUCUCAAGGAAAUAAUAAAAACGACGAAGUCAUUGAAGAUGAUAUUUGCAACUCAGAAUUUAACAAUCAAAAACUAGAUUUGGAAUAUGAAAGUGAAGGAAUAAGUUACUCAAGUUCAAUGGAAAGUCUGAAUUCCGAUAUUUCUGAUUCAUCAUCAAUAUCAUCAUGCUCCGAGAAUUAUAAUCCUUCAAUUGAUAUCACACAAUCAACUCCUUUCCAAUGUCAAUAUUGUGAUAAAUCAUUUCCAAGAUUAUCUCAUUUGAAAAGGCACGAACAGAAUCACUCGGAUAAAAUACCUUUUGUGUGUAAUUUUUGUCAAAAGGCAUUUAAACAUAAACGAAGUCGUGAUCGUCAUAUUAGGAUCCAUACAGGUGACCGUCGGUAUAAAUGUAAUCAUUGUGAUUCCGCUUUCUCACGAAGUGAUCAUUUAGGAAUUCAUAUGAGAACUCAUGAUGAUAAGAAACCUCAUCGUUGUUCACAAUGUAAUCGAGGAUUCUCAACAUCAGCAGCAUUAACAUCACACAUCCAGAAGCACAAGAAACUCACCAAAUUAUCACCUAUUGAUUCAAUUUCCAAUUCCAAUAAUAAUGAGAGUAAAAUAAACUACGAAACAAACAUUAUAAACAAAGAUGAUAACCAAUGUGAAGAUGAAAAUACAAAUGUAAACAAUACACAAAUGGAUUCACCUAAAGUUUCAAUGGAUGAAAAAUUAGAGGAUAAAAUAAACAAUCAUAACAAUCAUCAAGUUACCUGUGGCCUUUGUGGUAAUAAAUGUUCAUCACUUGAAGUUCAUAUUCGUGAAUCUCAUUUACACCAAUUACUAUUUGCUGGUUUACUACAGAAUUCAAUCUACUCAGCAUCGGCUUUUGCUAAUUGGCAGCAAUUAACAUCGAUGCCACCACCAGUAAUACCCAGUGGUAUGAAUAAUACUCCAUCACAAUCACCUAAUCCAAUUGUAAAUGAAUCAAUUAAACAAUCGCCAAGUAAUGAUAAUGUGAUUUCUAUGAAAAAUGGUCAAUGUAACUCAUCAAAUUUGAAUCAAUCUUCAAAGAAAUCAAAGAUUCUAUCAUCCUCUUCAUCUGUACCAUCAACGAAUGGACUUAAUUGUGAUCAAGUAAAUGAAGAGAAAACUUUAUCUUCCUACUUUUCAUUAUCUUCAUUGGAUGAAUCCAAAGUUCCAUUUCUGUGUAAUCAAUGUUCACCUUCACCUUAUUUUCCUGAUUUUGAAUCAUUUCGAGUUCAUUUGAAGUCACAUUUGAAUCCAUCAUCCGGAACAAUAAACACUUUGGUUGGUUUGAUUGGUCAAGCUAAUCAUCAACAUCAUCACCAUCAUGGUAAUUCACCUAUUGAAAGAUCAUCAUCAACAUCUUCUUCAUCAUCUUCAUCCACUUUACCUUGUCCUUAUUGUGAAUCAAUAAUUACAAGUGAAUCACUUGAAUCUCAUAUAAUCAAUUCACAUUUAGGAUCAAUGGUUUCAUCGUUUUCCUGUGAAUCUUGUAAAAAGAUAUUCACCAAAUCAGAUGAUCUAACCAAACACCUAAUCGAUUAUCAUUCCCAUCACUUGUACCAAUGUUCAAUUUGUCGUGAAAUGUUUGACACUGACGUUUCCUUGCAAGUCCAUUUCCAAGUGAAACACUCGAACCAGUGCAAAGUAUUCAAAUGCUCAAUUUGUAAUCAACUUUGGUCCAAUCAAGAAGAUUUCAAAGUCCAUCUUAAAGUGUCGCACUUUUCACCAAAUACUAAUGGUAAUCUAGUCUCAUCGCCGUAUCAUUCCCACUCUCACUCUCACUCUCACUCUCACACUCAUUCUCACCCUCAUUCUCAUUCUCAUUCUCAUAAUCACUCACAUUCGCACCCUAAUCAACAUCACCAUCUAAACCACAACCACAACCUUAACCAUAAUCACUAUUCAAGUGCCUUUAAUAACCUUAAUCAUCAUUUGCCCUCUUCGUUAGUUUCCUCCACCAGUAAUCUUGUUAAUCCUUUCUCAAUGUUUACUCCUAAAUGUCAAUAUUUUAAAUGUUCAUAUUGUCCUGAUGAAUUUCACAUUGAGUAUCUUCUUGAGAAACACAUUCAAACAGUUCACUCCUCGAACCUCAAUAACAAUAAUAACACGAAAAUUAAUCACAAGGAUAAAAAGUGUAUCACAACCAAUGAGAAUGAUAAUCAUAAUGAUACAAGUUCGAGAUCACCAAGUCCAAAAAGGAAUCAAUUAUCUCCCGUUAUCUCUGAACAAUUAACGGUAAAUUGUAAACCAUCGAAAACAUUAAAACGGAAAUCAAGUGAAAUCGAUAUUGAUAUUGAGACAAAUAAUGACGAUUCCAAUCAUAAUGAUGAUCAAACAAUUAGCAAUAAUUUAAAUGGAAAUCAAGAUGAUGAAAACAUGAUUAAAGAUGAAAAUGAAUCAACACAAAUCAAGAAUAAAUUGAUUUCAUCAUCAAAAUUAUCACCAACAAUUAACUCAACCCUAAAUAAAUUACACUCAACAACAAUUGUUGCUAACAAAUCAAUUAAAAACUCAAUUAAGUGUGUAAAAGUUACUGGGGGUGGUGGUAAAGGUCCAGCAACGAAAUGUAAUAUUUGUGAUGAAAUUUGCGGUUCGAUAAGUGACCUGGCCAAACAUAAGCUUAAAUAUCAUAACGUUUUCGGUAAAUCAAACUCAUCGACUUUACUAUUAUCAAGGUGCCUUCAGUGUUUCCAAUUGAUUAAAAGUGAAAAUGAAUUUAUCACUCACCUGAUUGAACAUAACAACAAUAGUAACAAUAAACAAUUAACUCCAUCAACGGUUAAAUCAACCAAUUCCUCAUCUAAAUCAUCAUCAAUGGAUGAAUUACUACGAACUGGAUUAACUAAAUUUCCAAUCUCUUGUAUAAUCUGUAAGCAAACUUUGCUUCGUCCAUUGGAAAUUGGAAUCCAUGCUAAAUAUCAUUGUUCAUCAGCUGAGAUGAUUAAAUCAACCAAUUCGAUGAAAUUAAGUAAAUCACAAUCAGUAAAUCACUGCAACAACGAUUUGGUUCAAUCACAUGAGAAUAUUAAUUCAUCGGUUAAUUGUAAUCAAUUUAAAGCGACAAUUAAAAGUGAUAAAAUUGUUUCAUCUUCUUCAUCACCUUCAUCAUCAUCAUUGUCACCAUUAUUAUUAUCAUCUUCCUCAUCAUCUGUAUCUUCAUUGGCAACUUUGAUUCCCAUUCAAGAUCAACCAUUAUCUUUAACUACAAUUAAUCAAAAUGAUCCUUUGGAUACAAUUAAUGAUCAUCAUGGUAAUAAACUGAAAGUUAAUUUAAUUGAAAGUUAUCAACAAUCAACAUUUACCACAAAUGAACCUGAGAUUAAAUCACUCAUUGAAAUUGAGAUUAUUAAUCAAGAGAAAGUGAAACUUUCAAAGUGUUUAUUAUGUGGAUUUAAAAGUCAAUCACAAACCGAAUUACAAAUUCAUUUAAUUGAACAUGAUUAUAAAAGUGCAACAAUUAAUUGUCCUCUUUGUAAAACUAAUCAUGAUAAUCCAGUUAAUCUUCAAGUUCAUAUGAAUUCACAGCAUUCAAAUGAAACAAUCUUUAAUUGCCCUCAAUGUGACAACAAAUUCUGGUUUCUAUCUGAAUUAGAUAAUCAUAAAUUAGAUCAACACAGUUCCAAUGAUGUUUCCAAUCAAACUAAUAAUAAAAAUCAUCACAAUCAAGAAUCAAUUGUUGAUAACAAUCAAUCAACACAUGAGAAAAUUUGAACAAAUAAUCAUCUCGAUGAGUUAAUUUCCAACAAUUAAAACAGGUUAAUAUUAAAUCUAAAUUAUUUAUUUAUUAACUUCCUGAGUUCGAUGCGGGUCUAAUUUGACCAUUACAGUUACACAAAAAUUCAAUAAGAUCCUAAGGUCAAUACCUAUUGGAUUAUAAUGAUAAUAUAGUUAAUCAAUUUCUUUAAUUCCAUAUUUAAAUCUUUUCUUUUCUCUAAUCCUCAUCUUCUCAUGUCAUCAAAAUGAAUAUUAAUCCAGUGAUUAUUGAUUGAGUCUCGUUCCAAGUAAUUCAUUUGAAAUUAUGGUUCUGAUUUUCCUCUUGCUUGUGGUGGUAAAUGUAUUACAAUGAUGGUAAUCAAGAGGAGGAGGAAGAAGAAAAUAAAAGCAGGAGAAGCGAAAUUUGUCCCCAGACUAACGAUUAAUUGAAUUACCACCAAAGCAGAGGAGAGAGAAGCUCACAGACAAGGUUACUUCUCUCUCUCUCUCUCUCUCUGUGUGCAUGAGAAUCAACAAGUAAUAAGAUUCGGAUCCAUUGGCGUUCACCUUGAGGGCGAUCAGAAAAAAAGUAAAAAGAGAGGCGAAUCCCCCUGAAGUAAGAAUUAUCUUCACAACAACAUGGCAGAAACAUCUCAAUCUUCUACCUUAUUAUUCUGAUGAUUAACUCUAUAUAUUGGUAAAUUAACUUGAAUACGAUCAAGUUAAUCAUUAUUGUCAUCAUUAAAAACUAAAGUCAAUCAAUUUGAGGCAAUUUGAAAAAGUAUCAAUUCCUUAACUAAACUUGGAAAUUUCAAUUUGAUGAAAAAUUGAAACAACUAAUUAACUAAUUCAAAUCACCAAGAUGAUUAAGUUUGGAUUAUGACAAUUAAGGAACAAUGGAUUCUAAAUAAUGGAUUAAGAGAUGAAUGAUUUACUGGGAAAAUAAGGAUCACUCAUAAAAGCUCAACAAUCAAUCGUGUUGAUUUGCGAUUAAAUUGAAUUGUUGGGAUAUCAGUUGAUUAAAUGAGAUUAUAUUAUUUGCCAUUUACAAGGAUUGAUGAACUAAAUUUGAUGAACAAUCAGAUAUGAGAUUUGAAUACAUUAUUACUCAUUAUUGUUUCUUUUUACUUAAUUUCAAUGUUUGUUUUUCAAAUGAUUAAAAUUGUGAUGAUCUUGAUUAUCACUGAUGAUUUUCUGUCUA